CCCUGCGAUGCGCAGGAGCAUGUCGGACGGUUUCGACCGGGCGCCCGGUGCGGGGCGCGGCCGGGGCCUGGGCCGCGGAGGGGGCGGGCCGGAGGGCGGCGGUUUCGCCAACGGAGCUGCGGGCGCCGAGGACGAGCGGCCGCCGCGGCCCAAGGCGCCGAGCUCGCUGCCGCCGCUGCCGCUGCGCCAGCCCCGGACGUCCCCGCCGCCCGCGGCCCAGUGCGAGGCGCCCGCCGGCCCCCCGCGGCCCGCCCGGCCCCGCUCGCUCCCAGACCCGACGCGAACCCCGAGAGCCCCACCUGCUUCUCAGGAUCCCGUCGCGCCUCGGCCCAGCUCCGAGCCCGCCAUGGCCAAACCCCAGGUGGUGGUCAUCACCCCGGUGUUGAUGUCCAAGCUGUCCGCCAACGCCCCCGAGUUCUACCCAUCGGGCUACUCCUCCAAUUACACGGAAUCCUAUGAAGAUGGUUGUGAGGAUUAUCCGACUCUAUCAGAAUAUGUUCAGGACUUUUUGAACCAUCUUACAGAGCAGCCGGGCAGUUUUGAAACUGAAAUUGAACAGUUUGCAGAGACCUUGAAUGACUGGGUUACAACAGAUGAUGCUUUGCAAGAGCUUGUGGAGCUCAUCUAUCAGCAGGCCACAUCUAUCCCAAAUUUCUCUUAUAUGGGAGCUCGUCUGUGUAAUUACCUGUCUCAUCAUCUCACAAUUAGCCCACAGAGUGGCAACUUUCGACAAUUGCUACUUCAAAGAUGUCGGACUGAAUAUGAAAUUAAAGACCAAGCUGCAAAAGGGGAUGAAGUAACGCGAAAGCGCUUCCAUGCAUUUGUACUCUUUUUGGGAGAACUUUAUCUUAACCUGGAGAUCAAGGGAACAAAUGGACAGGUUACAAGAGCAGAUAUUCUUCAGUUUGGUCUUCGGGAGUUGCUGAAUGCGCUCUUUUUUAAUCCUGUGGAUGAUAACUUAAUCUGUGCAGUCAAAUUAUUAAAGUUGACAGGGUCAGUUUUAGAAGAUGCCUGGAAGGAAAAGGGGAAGUCUGAUAUGGACGAAAUCAUUCAGAGGAUUGAAAAUGUUGUCCUAGAUGCACAUUGCAGCAGAGAUGUAAAACAGAUGCUCUUGAAGCUUGUAGAACUUCGGUCAAGUAACUGGGGUCGAGUCCAUGCGACCUCAACUUACAGAGAAGCAACACCUGAAAACGAUCCUAACUAUUUUAUGAAUGAACCAACAUUUUAUACUUCUGAUGGUGUUCCUUUCACUGCAGCUGACCCAGAUUAUCAAGAGAAAUAUCAAGAAUUACUUGAAAGAGAAGAGUUUUUCCCAGAUUAUGAAGAAAAUGGAACGGAUUUAUCAGGGGCUGGUGAUCCGUACUUGGAUGAUAUUGAUGAUGAGAUGGACCCAGAGAUAGAAGAAGCAUAUGAAAAGUUUUGUUUGGAAUCAGAGCGUAAGCGAAAACAGUAAAAUAAAUUUCGGCAUAUCAGUUUUAUAAAGCAAUUUAGGUUAUGAUUUAGCAGACCCACAGGAAAGCAAGAAAAUUUGUUAGUACUUUACCAAAUUAAGGAUGUUGAGUUAUGUUACUAAUGUAUGCAACUUUAAUUUUGUUUAACAUUAUCUGCCAAAAUAAACUUUAUUCCCUAUAACUUAAAAUGUAUAUAUAUAUAAUAGUUUAUUAUGUACAGAUAAUUCCACUGUUUUGGCUGCAAUAAAGUGAUUUUUGAAAUAAAUGAAA